GAAUCCCUUAUAAUACAUGCGCAAAGUGCGUCGAAAUAGAGAGAUUCUGCAUGAAUUGAUCUAUUACUUCUCCUCUUUCUCGCAUCAAUCAUUUCUUUCCUAACCUUGAACGAAGCCAGUUCGGGCCACAUUUCACAAGUUUUUAUUGUUUACAUUACCAAAUUAUUCCAUAUCAGAAAUGAUGGAAAUGAUUGUGAAUGAAACUAUGGAGGCGAUUUCCAACAACAAUAAGAUUUUCAUCAAACCUGUGGUGGUGAUGUUGUGCGACGACGAGAUGAACGAUUCCUACGAGAGCAAGAAACAGUUUGUGACCUUAGCGUCCUCUUUUCUUGACCUGCUACUGUUCAUCGUUUUUUGGUAUUACAAAAACAAGAUCAAUCAAACCAUGAAAGUGAUGAUGCAUUUAAUAUUAGCCAAUAACGCCACAAUCUUCUUUUACGAUUGCUUUAAGGAACAUUUUGAAGAUGUUUCCUUUUUCCUCAACAUAGACAUGUUUACCAUAAUCGAUUUGUACAUGUUGAUCGUUCAGAUAGCAUGCUUCAUGUUCAUGCUGAGAACCCUCAUUCAGAUCAUCAAAGAACUAAUAAAGAUCCAGACUAUAUCCGAUGUAACGGUGCUGGAAUUGUGCCAAGUACUAGUACUUAUUUUUCUAUAUGUUAGAGGCUUAAUGAUCAAACAUAUGGAUCUACUUUUAACUAGUGAAAUAAAUUAUGUGAGAAACUAA